AUGGAAGUCUCGAGGAAGGCCAAGCGUGCCGGCGGCGGCUUCGACGACCGGCUGAGCGACCUGCCGGACUGCCUCCUCCAUGACAUCCUGUCGCGCCUCAAGGCCCGGCAGGUCGUUCAGACGUGCGUGCUGUCGCGGCGGUGGCAGCACCUCUGGCCCACGUGCCCGUGCCUCGACGUCGACAUCGGCGAGUUCCGCCCCGAUGCGACUCUAAGUCCCCACCCGUGGCCGCCGACCCCCGCCCAGCGCGGUAACUACGGGAAGGAGCCGCAGGAGCUGGCCGACUUUGAGGAUUUCGCCAACAGCCUUCUGGUCCAUCGGAUCCGGAGCGCCGGCGCUGCGCCCCUGCAAACCCUGCGGCUGCGCAUCCCUCCGUGUGGGUUCAGAGUCCUGCCGAUCUACGGCAGCGAGAUCUACGCGGCCAAGUACACGAGGUGGGUGCGUCGCGGCCUCCAGUGCUCCCCGGCGGCGCUCGACGUGCGCGGCUCCGUCACGCUGCCCCCUCUAGCCUCCCACCGCCUCACGAGCCUGCGCCUCGACCAGGUGAUCCUCCACCGUGAUUUCGCGGAGCACCUCGCCUCCGGGCUCCCCGUGCUGGAAGACCUGCAGAUCACCGGCACCAUGUUAUCAGCAGCGCUCCCGAGGAUCGCGUCCGGCACGCUAAAAAACCUCGUGGUCGAAUCCUCCACCCACAACAGCGAGAGCCUGACCUUCACCAUCGCCGCCCCUAGACUCGCGUCGCUGCACCUCGCCGUGAACUUCCAGUGCCUCAUCUACUUCGCCGUCGUCCUCGAGGAGGCGCCUUGCCUCGUCCAAGCAUCCGUCCGCCUGGUAGGGACGCCUGAUCUCCGGCACAAACAGGGGGACGGCUACUACCUUCAGCAUGACAGGGAUCUGCUCAGGGCUCUGUGCAACUUCAUCGGCUCUCUGUCCCACGUCUGCACCCUGAAGCUGCACGGCUUUGGCAACAUGACAGUAGUUGAGCAACCUAUACCCCAUGCUCCACCUCCUGGAGCUCAAUUCUUUCAACAUCAGCCGGAGAUGCUGCACCCGUAUAUACCUCUUGUUCCACCACCUGGACCAUUCUUCUUUCCAGAUCAGCCGCCGAUGCCGGCACAGCCACUCGCCGAGGACAAGUUCCCUUGUCCAAUGUUGCACGCGAUGCUCGACGAGGAGCACCACGGGUUACCGGUGUUUCGCAGCAUGAGGACCUUGGUCCUUGAGGAUUCCGAGAUUGGAGGCGAUGCUCAGACGCUCUGGCGUUUUCUGCAUAAUGCUCCUCUCCUAGAGAAGCUCACUCUAAAGAACUGUCAGUGCCAUGAUCAGUUCCCAAACACUUCAAUGAUGGAGCUACUACCUCGGACCAUAUCCCUCACCCCCAACCUGAAGUCGGUGGCAAUCAUCGAGGGCGACAGCGAUGGGAGCAUACGCGGAGCAAACGAACGAGGUCUUGACGUCCCUGAUGUUAGGUAGACUGCCGGCAACUACCAUGAUCCAAGUUACCAAAUUCGGAGCAAGGAAUUAGGUUUGGUUUGUACCCUUUUCAUUUCAGUUGCUUGUGAGACAUUUACACAAAAAAAGUUGCUUGUGAGAUGCUUUAUCCAUGGAUUAAGCUGUACAAAAUUUUAUGA